AUGGCUUAUGGAAGGCCUCAAGAAGUCGACACAGUCAUUGUAGGAAACGGCCCCUCUGCACUGAUCUUGUCCUACAUUCUUCACGGACAUAUUCCCUGGUAUGAUUCCACCACUCCUCAUCCAGAUCACCUCUUGCACGACAAAUUAGCCUCUCGAUCAGACCACGACUUACUCAAUGUCGAUAUCGAUGCACUGACCGAUCACUUCACCGCGUCGAGGUUCUCAUACUCGACUCAAGCCUUGCCUAUCAAUGUCCUGCUUGAUACACUUAUCCGGCCAUUGGGAGAGACUGAAGAUGCGCAAAAGACAACCUGUGUGAAGUGGGUGCAUGAUCCAUCAAGGACGGUGCCCCAUCUGAUCUUUGGGAACAAUGCUUUCGCUGGAGGCCAGUGGGAAGACGGUCCGGUGGAUGCCAGUUGGGAUAUUGGCACCCUGAGUUAUGCAGGCAUGAUAUCGCUUCCGGGCUACGCCUUUGAUCAGCACUAUGUGAGACGGAAUGCAUGUCCAAUGCCUACUUAUUUACGGCCUUCGAGAUCGGCAGUAGCGGACUACCUUGCCUCAUAUCCCGAUCAGGUUGGCAUAUCAGACUCCUUCCGGAACGGAGAAGUGGUUUCUCAAAUCACUCGGCUCGGGGAAAUGUUUCAUAUUGGUUCGCACAAGAUUGUGUGCAAACACUUGAUAUUGGCAUCUGGUGUCUUUAGUGAAAUGAUCGCACCUCCACCAAUACUUCAAUCUCUGGCGCAAUUCUCGGCUACCAAGGUCUCUCCAGACCAAGAUUCCUCCUAUCCUAUAUUGGUCAUUGGAUCCGGUUUUAGUGCCGCGGAUGUUAUCAUAUCGAGCCAUGCCUGCCAGAAGAUCAUCCAUGUCUUCAAAUGGGCGCCUUCAACUUCACCAUCGCCGCUUCGAGCAUGCCACCAACAAGCCUAUCCGGAAUACGCAGGUGUAUACCGGCGUAUGAAAGUGGCUGCAUUAUCACAUUUCCCCAGAAGCGACAAAAGACCCAAACCACGUCAUACGCAUUCCGAGUUUGAUCAAUGUCGAGACUGGGCCAGUACAUAUGAAGGCAUUCCCAAUGCCCAAAUAAUACAGGUUGAACCCAGCGCCGACGGACGAUCAGCAAUGGUAUCCUUCCAGAUUGGGUCUGAACCUUCAUUUCAACGGCAAGUCAGCAGCCUGGCCUACGUCGUCGGUCGUCGGGGCACAUUAAAAUACCUCAGCCCCAGUCUCCUAAGAGAGGUCCUCCCAUGCGCCAAAGCUUCCACUUCUUCAGGUCUCGAUGUCAGCAAGACCACCACGGUCUCUGCCCACUCGCUGCGGGAGAAGGCCAAUGAAGAUCUAGAAAUGGCCCCCAGUAUCUUCAUCACAGGUAGCUUGACUGGCGAUUCAUUGAUCCGUUUUGCUUUUGGGGGUUGUACAUAUGCAGCGGGAAAGAUCAUGAGCCGCCAUGUGCAUGCCAGGGAACGACACCAGCUGACCUCCAUGGCCUGUCCCAGUAAUGGUUCUCCGAUCGUCAGUCCAGUCAACGGGAUACCGCCGUGUUUGAAAGAGAGGGCAACCAGCCGUCCCCAAACGCCUUCGCCGCGGAUACCGGCGAUGAGUGGUCUGGACGGCCACGAAUCGAGUCCCCUGAGUCUUCUGGCGGACAAGUGUAACCCACUGGAUCGGAGAAAGGAAAAGUUCGACUUCAUGUGA